UCCAAUCCCCGUCCCUUCUUCCCCUCAAACCUCAAAACCCGCAGGCAGCAGCAGCAGCUUUUCCACGGCUCCGCCUCUCCCCCUCGCGCACCGGGCCGGACGCCUAUCUGCCUGCCUCACCUACCUGCCUAUAUACACCCACACCCCUACUCCUCCUCUUCCUUCUUCUCCUCGCGGCUGCCAUAAAUCCAAAGCAACUUAACCCAAUCGCUCCCUAGCUCGCCCUUUCUCGGCGCCAUCGUCCGGUGGCGGCCUCGUCAAUCGGUCGCCGGCGGCCAGUACUCGCGGGUGUGCCAGAUCUGACUGAGGUGAAAGGAGCAGGAAAGAAAUCGAUCGAGUUUUGCCAUGCUGCAGGGCGGAGUAAGCGGGCCGUCGUCGGCGGCGGGCAGCAGCCCAAUCAGCCCGAUGAGCCAGGACGCCAGCCCGGCGCGGCCCAGCCGGUAUGAGUCGCAGAAGCGGCGCGACUGGCACACCUUCGGGCAGUACCUCCGGAACCACCGCCCGCCGUUAGAGCUCGCCCGGUGCAGCGGCGCGCACGUGCUGGAGUUCCUGCGGUACCUGGACCAGUUCGGCAAGACCAAGGUGCACACCGCCGGCUGCCCCUUCUUCGGCCACCCUUCGCCGCCGGCGCCUUGCCCCUGCCCGCUCCGCCAGGCCUGGGGCAGCCUCGACGCGCUCGUGGGCCGCCUCCGGGCCGCCUUCGAGGAGCACGGCGGCCGGCCCGAGGCCAACCCCUUCGGGGCCCGCGCCGUCCGGCUCUAUCUCCGCGAGGUCAGGGAUAGCCAGGCCAAGGCCAGGGGGAUUGCCUACGAGAAGAAGCGCCGCAAAAGGCCCUCCGCGGCGGCCCAGAAGCCGAAGGUCAAGGCGGAGCCGGCGCCGGAGAAGAUGAACGUCGUGGCGCCACCGCCGCCGCCGCCGGCGGCACAGGAGGCGGCGGAUCAGGGGCACCGGUUCUUCGUCCCGCACCCGUACCACCACCACCACGCGCAGUUCAUGCACCACCACCACGGCGGCGCGCAUUUCCUGCUGGCGCCCGUGGGCGGCGGCGACGCCAGCAGCGUCACGGCGAGCAACAACGACUCCGGCGGCAACAGCGGCGGGGGCGACGAGAUGGCCAUGGCCAUGGCGGCGGCCGCCGAGGCGCACGCGGCGGGCUGCAUGCUGCCGCUCUCCGUCUUCAAUUAACUCAAUCGAUGGAUCCUAGCGUGCAAGCUAAGGUAGGGCUUGAUUCAUCGAUCGAUUUGAAGUUUCUUCUUCGAUCUGAUCAAAUUAAAACACGCAUCGAUCGACAAUCUCUCGCGUAUGUACUGUUGCUCUUACCAACACUGCUAGCUGUUCGAGCUCGUUUUUGGCGGAAGACAUUUCCUGCUUUGUUGCUGGGAAUUAGUAGUGGUAGUACUCCCCUGCUGCUUGGUACUGUAGGGUUUUCUGCUGGUAUCAUUAAUUAAUCCUUCCUGCUUGGUUUGUGUAUGCUAUGCUGCUGAAGAUAUAAUCCAGGUCUCUGUUUAAAAUGGGAAGGGACUCAUUUCACUGUUCCCAUGAGAGCGUCUUAAUUAAUCUGCUUGCUGCAUGCUGCAAGGA